CUACACAUAUGUAUAGACAGACAUCUAUCUACCCUUAAGGCUCUUCUCUUUUGUUUUUGGGUUUUUGCUCCUGGGUGUUCCGUGUGUGUUUUCUUUUCCUUUUCUGAUUUGUUUAAAGUGAAAAACCAGAGCAGAAUCCAAUGCCCACCACCACUACUAACUACAACACUCUCUACCUAAACUACUCAUAUAUCUAACAAAGAGUCAAAUUUCAACGACCCUUUCUUUCUCCACCUCCACCCGUGUGUCUGCUUUCCUUUUCUCUCUCCCCCCCCCCAAUCGUCAACGCUAUCUAUCUAUAUACGAAGCUUCCUAUCUCCCUUCCUCCCCCUCCCCCGUAUCUUUCUUCUUUCUUCUUUCUUCUUUUCUUUAUAUCCCUAACACCCACCCAGUUUCCUCACUCUCCCACUCUCUCCAGCUUCUUCCCAGCUAAUUGUUCGAUAGAUUCUUGUGAAUGGAGCAUUUUGACCGUGGGGUUUCGAGGCUUUCUAAGAAAAGGAAAGUACAAGAAGACGAGCUUGGCUACUCCAUGGACGAGCUAAACGAAGACCUACUCGAGAAAGUUCUUUCAUGGCUACCCACAUCCACAUUCUUUCGCCUUUCUUCCGUCUGCAAGAGAUGGAAAUCUGUUGCAGCUUCUAAAAGCUUCAAGCUUGCCUGCUCUCACAUCCCUUCAAGAGACCCUUGGUUCUUCAUGGUUGAUCCCCAUCUCAACCAAUCUAUCAUCUUUGAUUCUGCUGAAAAAAAUUGGAAAAAACUCAAUCAUCCCUCCACUCUUCACCACUAUCAAUCCAUGCCUGUUGCAGCAUCUGGUGGACUGGUCUGUUACCGUACCAUUACAGGAAACUUCCUAGUUUCCAAUCCUGUCACACAAGCCUGCAGACAACUCCCUUCCCCUUCCCCAACCCUACAAGACCAACCCCUUCAAGCCAUUGCCAUGAAUAUAACUUCUAACUAUCAUGGCUCCUACAAACUUGUUUUAGUAUCCGGUGAACUCCCAAGACUCUCGUUCAAGGUUUAUGAUUCUAGUGCCAAUUGUUGGGAAGAAGAGGUUUUGUUGAGUAGAAAGGUUAAUGAUUCUCUGGAAUUUGACUCAAAUUCUGAUGAUGCUGUUUACUUUCUUAGUAAGGCUGGAAAUGUAGUUGCCACAAACUUGCAGAGAAGCCCAUCUAAGCAGUACUCUGCUGUAAUUACUGUUAAAGAUGAUGAGGAAACUGUUUACUUUCUGAGCUCAUCUGGGACAAUUGUGGCUUGUAAUGUAACUUGCAGGUACUUCUGUGAGUACCCAAGACUGCUGCCUGCAUUCUCAGAGUACUCUAUUGAUGUGGUGGAGUGUAGAGGAGAGAUGCUAGUUGUUCUACUGUCCGAAUUUUUUGAAAGCUCGAGUGUUCGAGUAUGGAGGUUUGAUGAGAAAAUUAAGUGUUGGCAGCAGAUUGCAGCAAUGCCUCCAGCAAUGUCACAUGAAUUAUUUGGGAAGAAGGUCGAUAUAAACUGUGUUGGGGCCGGUGAUCGAAUAUUUAUGUGCUUAAACUCCGCAGAGCUAUUCAGAUACAUUGUUUGUGAUCUGGUUUCAAAUGAAUGGAUUGAGCUCCCCAAUUGUUUUAUGAAUGGUGAAGCUAUAGAGUUCAUGUCUGCAUUUUCAUUUGAGCCAAGGAUUGAGGCUUCAGUAUGAACAACUUGGGAAUUAUCAAUGUGUACUCUUGAUUUUUUUCUCUGCUUUUAGUUUUUAGUUUUAUUUUGUAAUAUUAUAAUUUUUUUCUAGUCUCUAUCUUUAAAUUGUUUUUGGCAAGGGAUCAAUGGAGGUUGAUCAUGGAAAGUGGCUUCUGCCUGUUUCUCUACUAUAACCAUUUCUUGCUUUCAA